CGGGCUACCGUAGCUCUCCGACAUAUUGUUUGUGUGAGAGAAGCAAAUUCUCGAAGGCAAGGAGAUAGAGGGGAUUACUUACAAUUUAUUUAUUAGCAAGGGAGAGUUUUUCCGCAUACACAGGACAUAAUGGAUACGGCAGCAAGUCCUGCGAAGGAUAACUACAGGAUGAACCGUUACAAGAACAAAGCGCUGAACUUGGAGGAGAUGCGGCGCCGGCGGGAGGAGGAGGGCAUCCAGCUCAGGAAACAGAAGCGAGAGCUGCAGCUUUUCAAAAGGAGAAACGUGGAGCUGCUGAACGAGGAGGCGGCUACGUUUGAGUCCCCCCUCAUGGACCCAUUCCUCACGUCUGACUCCAACCCGGAUGGAGUCAUCACAAGAGACAUGGUGGAGAUGCUUUUCUCUGAUGACUCAGAACUCCAGUUAGCCACAACACAGAAGUUUAGGAAACUACUAUCCAAAGAGCCCAAUCCACCCAUAGAUGAGGUCAUCAGCACACCCGGGGUAGUGAAUAGGUUUGUGGAGUUCCUCCAUAAAAGCAGCAAUUGCACAUUACAGUUUGAGGCAGCCUGGGCUCUCACCAACAUCGCGUCCGGCACGUCCCACCAGACCAAGGUGGUAAUCGAGGCCGGCGCCGUGCCCGUCUUCAUCGAGCUCCUCAACUCCGACUUUGAAGACGUCCAGGAGCAGGCUGUGUGGGCUUUGGGCAACAUUGCGGGCGACAGCGCCAUGUGUAGAGAUUACGUGCUGAACUGCACCAUCCUCCCUCCUCUACUAACGCUGCUGACCAAAUCGACCCGGCUGACCAUGACCAGGAAUGCUGUGUGGGCCCUGUCCAACCUCUGCAGAGGCAAAAGCCCGCCGCCCGACUUUGAAAAGGUGUCCCCGUGUCUGCCCGUGCUGUCACGCCUGCUCUUCAGCAGUGACAUUGACCUGCUGGCCGACGCCUGCUGGGCCCUGUCCUACCUCUCCGACGGGCCCAACGAGAAGAUCCAGGCAGUCAUCGACUCGGGAGUCUGCAGGAGGCUGGUGGAGCUACUCAUGCACACAGACUACAAAGUUGCUUCACCUGCACUGCGAGCUGUGGGGAACAUAGUCACCGGCGACGACAUUCAGACUCAGGUGGUGCUGAACUGCUCAGCCCUGCCCUGCCUCCUGCACCUCCUCAGCAGCGCCAAGGAGUCCAUCAGGAAGGAGGCCUGCUGGACCAUCUCCAACAUCACAGCGGGAAACCGGGUUCAGAUCCAGACUGUAAUAGAUGCAAAUAUCUUCCCCGUGCUCAUCGACAUCUUGCAGAAGGCAGAGUUUCGCACUCGAAAGGAGGCGGCCUGGGCCAUCACCAACGCCACCUCAGGGGGAACCGCCGAACAGAUCAGGUACCUGGUGAAUCUGGGCUGCAUUAAGCCCCUGUGCGACCUGCUGACGGUGAUGGACUCUAAGAUCGUGCAGGUGGCCCUGAACGGCCUGGAGAACAUCCUGCGGCUGGGCGACCAGGAGGCCAAGCAGAGCGGCAGCGGAAACAACCCCUACUGCGGUUUCAUCGAGGAGGCCUACGGGCUGGACAAGAUCGAGUUCCUGCAGAGCCACGAGAACCAGGAGAUCUACCAGAAGGCAUUUGACCUGAUCGAGACCUACUUCGGCGUGGAGGAGGAGGACGCCAACCUGGCCCCACAGGCUGAUGAAAACCAACAGCAGUACCUCUUCGCCCAGCAGGAGGCCCCCAUGGAAGGCUUCCAGCUAUAACCAGCUCCCCCCCUUCUCCUUCACUCCGGUCCCCUUAGAUAUCCCGCCCUGUUCCCCUCUGUAUUCCCUGAUUAAUCAAAGCUGUGCAGAACACGGAACCAUGCGGCUGGGCCGAGGGCAGAACUAAAAGAGAACCCCAGCAUCCAAUACUAUCACACAGAAGUGAAAGGGGGUGAACCCUUUCUCCCCCCCCCCCCCCCACAGUUAAGUCAGAGACUUCUGCAGAGGAAGAAAACCACUGCUGAAAAUCCUUUUCAAGUUUUAUUUCAGGUCUUUUAAUUCAUUUUUUAUUUCAUUAAAUUUUGUUUUCCCCCUCUGUGGGUCCUGUGCAGUUCCCUUUCAAAGCACAUCCCCCAUUAGGUCAAUGUACAAAACAGAGGCUUUUACAUGAAAGUCCUCAAUUCUGAUCUAUUAGAAGAUGGCAAAUGUUUCUAAACAUACUGCUCAGUUCCCACUCAAAUAUAUUCUUUGAAAUAUAUCGGGGCGGUUUUCUUCUUUUGUUGUUGUUGUUUUUUCCUUCUCCGAUCACCUUAACCCUUUCCCUUUUGUAAUAUUAAUUCACCUGAUCCAUGCUGCUUUCCAUAUGGAUAUAGACUCUCUGGUUUCCAACUGAGCUGCAGGGUACAACCCCCAGGUCUUUGUAUUUUUAUUUUUUUUAUUUGAGGGGAGAAGGUGAAUAUUUAGUUGCACCUCAAGCUCUUUGGGCAAGAAAACUUGCUGGAAAUGUUCAGUUAAGACAGUUAUUUUCUUUUCUUUUUUUUUUUUGCUGGGCCUGAGGUGGGUCUUAAGCGAUGCCACCAGGCAGCAGAGCUGUUGAUGAGGGGAGGCGUUGUGAAAUGGGCGUAACGAGACGAGGGGCGUUGAGGUGAAACAUUGGAAAGCUUAAAUAAGCUGACGUAUUGGUUACUAGCUAAUCAGAAAUGGUAAAACUAGCGCUAUGUUGUUCGUGGUGUGCAGUGUUCUAAAUAAUGAUGCAUUUGACAUAUGAAGUGAAUUAACUAUUAAAUGCAAGAUAAACAUUUUUUUUUUUUUAAAUGCAAAUCUGAGGGCUAGGACUUUCCUCUACCAUUAUUACUUUUGUUCGAGGUUCUUUUGGUUGCUUAUAAUUUUAGGAAAGAGUACGGUAGGGAGGUGGUGGUGGGUACGGAGUUGGGUUGGUAAUUACCUUUCACGUAGAUGCGUUUUGGUUUUGGUUUACCGCCAGUGUUUCCAUUUUGUGUUCAUUCGAAGCCUGGUGUAUAUAUCCGGUGGGGGUAAAGUAGUCUAAAAGUUCUUGGCUCCGAUCGCCCUCAGUUUGUGCAUGUUAGGGUUUUGCAUGGUGUUGUAUUAAUCUACCAACGGUCAUGGAAUGUCCCUUGCCAAACUCUAGGACUAGUAUGGAGGGCAAGUGAAGACUCCAAGUCCUGUCAGCUUGUCUGUAGAAAUUAACUAUUAUUUCCCCCCCACUCAUACAUUUGUUUUGGUUAGUAGAACUGCCAAUCCUAACUGAAGCAGUAUUUUUUCUUUUGUUUAAUACAAUAUAAAAUAUUUCAUUUUGUGUAGGCCUACUCUUUGUGCUUGUAUUCUUUAGCUCUCGUGACAACUGAGAUUUGGCAAGGAACAUGCAUUUUAUCAUGACAAACCUAACAGAAGCAGAAAAAUAUAUAUUGUAUAUUUAAAAAUAAAAGCGUUGCACACACUUCAUGAAUACAUGCAGACAAGAUCAGCAUACACAGCAUACACCACACACAGAUGAAGAAUACACAGUGGAGGGGAAAAUGGCUUCCAUAAUCUAACCUUUUCUGUCAACAUCUUUUUCCUUUUUUUUUUUUUUCCUUUCUUUGUUUAUUUUGUUCCCCACAUGCAACCAGUUCCUUCUGUGUUCUUUUUUUUUUUCUUCCAAUCUGAGGUUUGCACUUUUUGUGUUAUGCACUUCACUGUAGUGUCCAGCUGAAAAAAACUGAGUUCUCCCUCAAAGCAAUGCUUUUGGUGUUUCACUUAAGAGGGUGGUCUUGAGGUGUAGGGUUAGUUUUAGAUGCAUGGAUUAGGUGGAAAAAGGAAAUGAAAGUUCGCUAACAGACAUUGUUUUACUUUCGUUAUCUUCGUAGUUCUGUUUAACCUUAAAAUCAAACAAAACCCAUCCCCUUUAUUUACCUCUUAAACAAAAGAUAGAGCGAAACUGUGACUUGCGUUGUUGUAAUUCAUAUUAACUUUAGUAUGGAAGCAUUUUUUUUUUCCUCUACCUCUAUGCCACACGGACUGGUGCUUUAACUGAGUGUGGGGAUUAGGGAUGGUGGGGUGGGUGAAGCCAGUGGCUCUCCUGGUGUUGUGUGACGUUGACUUGACAGGAGCUGUGAAAGCGUUAGCUGUACCCUUGUGUUCACAACCGAGACUGGAAGCUUCAGGGCUGUGAGGAUGAGGGAUUCAUGGUGAAAACCAAGGCGGCUAGCUGCCUGAUGUUGACUCCGUAGAGUAGAAUAGUCUGAAAAUCGCUGUUGUAUUACAUUUCAAGAAAAACCUACUUUGAAAUCUAGAGGCUUAAGCAUUUGAAGAAAUAUCCUGAAAAGUUAUCUGUUGCACUCAGAUUACAGCUUGCAGCUAGGCUUUUAAGACCACAUGCACCCUACUUCUGAGUGGUCAUGAAGUCUCUCUUGCUCUUUUCCAAUGACUUGGCUCUUAGCAAUUUACUCCAGUGUGAUAGAGAGAUGUUUAGGGCAUAUUUGUGAUGGACAAAAAAACUAACCAGUUUGUUCAGAUUGAUCAGGUUUUUUGGCUUUCACAGGAAAAUGGCUCUUUACUAAUCCUGGUUACAUUGUGUAUCAGAGAUAGACAAAAGAAUAGACCACCUGCCGCUCCACAUCGCCUAAGAUGGAGAGUUUAGCUAAUAUCAGUACAACUUUGGUCCCUCAUUUCAUACGUCCCAGGGUCUGUAAGACCUCUGGGUUUACUUAAAAGAAUCAAGUGGAUCAAUAAAAAAAGAAUUUAUGAAAAAAAAAAAAAAGAAACUCAAAGAAUUUAAUAAAAAAUGUAAUGCACUCCUAUUCACUAAAGUGCCAAUCCGACCAACAAAGACUGCAGGUUGAUAUGUAUCUAUUGUCUUUGGUUUAUUUUUAUUUUUUUACUUGAAUGUGCACAGCUUUUUGUGCAAAAAUCUUGCUGCUCUAUUUCUUACUAAUCAUUAAAAAGUUUCAGUAUCUGUAGCCGUUUCUUUAAAGAAGGGGCAGCCUUUAGUUUGUGCACCAAAUUGAUAAAUUGGUAAAGAGUAAAAGAAUAAUGGAACAACUUUUAAGAAAAAAAAGGACGUUUUUUCUGUUGGACUUAUUGUUUACUCUUCAGUCAGAUGCAGAUGCAAAGGAAAUGCUGUGUUUUUUCCUGUCUAUUAAUGUGUUAUUUGUGCAGAGAAUCUAGUCACAACAGAGGAGGUUUUCAGAGAAAGUUGCCAUUCAUUUGCUAUAAUUUAAAUCCAAGUCAAACCACUUGGGGCAUUAGGAGGGAUCAUGAUGUGGUCAAUCCUCUCUCCCUGUUGAGGUCACCGUUUAAGAAACUUCAAGAUUUGCACAGAUGGGCCAAUAACUUAUUACCAGCCAGCAGUUAAGAAAAUGUCAAGGUUAUACUUUUCAUUGCCUUCAAUGAGUCGCUGUUUGUAGUGAUGGUCCUGUGUGUUGGCUCUGUAAGGGGCUUAUGCAGGGACUGUGAAGACUCAAUCUAUAUUUUUUAGACUGACCAUCCAUUUUUUUUUUUUUUUUAACUUAGCACAAGCGACAAUAAAGCCCUCCCUAUCUACGACCUGAAUCUGUUGAAGCUGUUUCUGUGGAAUCAUGGAACCCAUUCUGUAUAUUAGAAUGGGUAUUCCUAUGAACUGUCAAAGAAGCAACCGCAAGCUGCAAUAACCAUGUCCCAAAUCCGACUACCCAAGGAUAAAGACCUCCACCAGGCUUCUUCUGCAGUUUUUACUCACCGUGGCAGAUGCCGCCACCACAUGACAUUUUCGCAAAAAAGAUUGGAGCUUUGAAACUCUCAUAACUGAGAUAUUUGAAAUAAAUCAAGUAGGACAUUGAUGCCACUGGCAGAGAAGAUGGUUUACCUGCUCCUGCAUCAACAAUGACUUCUGAGAAGUGCAAAAAAAAACAAAAACAAAAACAAAAAAAAAAAGAUAUUUUAGCCGCAUAUUGGUAUAGUAAAGACAAAUUGGGUCUUUCUGGUCUUCCGUCCUGGAUCUUGUAAAUGUGUAAAUCUCUUCCAAAUCCCAAUCCAGUGUUUACAACAGUUGUUAUUUUUGUGAAAUGUUUUCAUACACCCUAUUCUGACACUCCCCAUUUCCCUUGAUGGAAGAUGUACUUUGGUCCUGUAGUUUCUCUCUUGAAAUGUAUUUAUAUUUAAUUUGGGUGUGGAGGGGAGUGUGGGCAGACGAUCAUUUUCUUUGGCUGUUACCCAUCUUACACUGCGACUGACUUGACUUAACCGACCGUAUGAAUGAGUGACGAAACUGAUAACACAUAUACUGAACAUGUCACACAAACAUGGAAAAAACUAUGUAUAUUUAACAAUAUUGAACAAAUGUUUAAAGGAGUUUUAAAAAGGUUUUGUCCAGGAUACAAAUACUGUACAAAAACGAAAUAAAACUAAAAUGCUGUUGCAAUCA